AUGUGUUUUCUUGUACUCUUGGACUUAAGCUCAGCGUUCGAUGCAAUUGAUCAUAAAACUAUCAUUGACGUAUUGGAGUAUCAAUUUGGAGUGACGGAUAGGGCUCUUGAAUGGAUAAAAUCAUAUCUAUUGAACAGGAAACAGAGAGUUGAUCUGGAUAACAAUUUUUCUGAAGAUUGCGAUGUUAAGUACGGAGUGCCUCAAGGGAGUUGUCUUGGCCCCAUACUUUUUCUGCUUUAUGUAUCCCAACUAUAUGACAUUAUUGACAGGCACUUACCCUCUGCUCAUGGAUAUGCUGAUGACACGCAACUUUAUGUAUCCUUUCGCCCAGAUUGUGAAGAUAAUUCAGAAAGCCAUACUGGAAGAUUGCCAUACUGGAAGAUUGUAUUAUUCCUAGCCAUACUGGAAGAUUGUAUUUCUGAUGUUCGUACUUGGCUGUUGUCUCAUAAAUUAAUGUUCACAGAUUCGAAAACGGAAUUUCUUGUAAUUGGUGCAUCACAACAACUUUUGAAAAUAAACAUUGAAUCCGUUAAC